AUGCAAAAUAUUUUUGCAUCUUUUUUCAUUUUUGUAAAUUAUUUAGAUGCAUUUUUCAUUGCUAAUUUUUGUGCCUUUUUACUUAUUGUAAUUACUGUUUUUGUUAUUUAUAUUGCUUGGUGUGUUUAUCAAACAUUAAUAUCAAUGAAAUUAUUUGAUUAUUAUCAAUUAUUUAAUAAUCGUUUAUCUGAUCCUGGGUCAAUGCUUUUUUCUGCAGCAUAUUUAUGUCGUUUAUGUGCACCUUUAGCAUUAAAUAUUCUUCAUAUGAUCAAAUUUGAUGGCGUUCAUUUCAAUGGGACACAAACUGCUUUUCAAUCAGUAAUGUCUUCAAUGGAAGAUAUUCCAUUCUUUGGUCAAAAUAGUUUCAAUGAUUUCUUCCCUGUUUGUAUUGUUAUUGUUUCUGCAUUCAGUUUGUUGAAUCAUUUCAUUCCAAUUCCUUUGAUUUUCAAUUCAAUUUUGAAAUUUUUUGGAGUUAGAGACCAUAAUAAACUAACUACUGCACAAAAAAUAAAAAGAGGAAAAUACAUUUCUCAAAUAUUCUACACUCGAUAUGCUGAUUAUAUGUUUACUUUAAAUGCAAGUACUCAUUUAUUAAAACAAAAAGAUGAUUAA